GAGGAACCCCAUUAACAAAAGCUGCCUCCAGGACAUAUAUCUGCCCUUCUUAAACACCAUAACAGCAUACAUGUUACCACCUCAUAUGUUGAAAGGACUCCUCUAUCUUUCCCUAUGAAGUGCCAUAAUUUGUGAAAAAGCUGCAUGUCUGUCGUUCUUUUCCUAUGUGGGAACAGUCUCUCGCACCGUAGAGAAACAAAAGAUUUCUUCCUUUCGGAUGUAGACGAGUUUUCUCUUCUUCCGAGUGUCACGGUCCCAGAACUGCCUCCCUUGUACUACCCUUUCGGUGUCGGUGUCAGUUAACUGACUGAGCUAAACCGCUGGGGUACGUCGUCAAUCACGUUCUCCUUGUUAUCACUUGAUGUCUUAACUUUGGUCUCAUCCCCAUGGCACGAUAUCUUGCUCUCCUGCAUUCGUCACUUCUACAUGCAUGCAGCUAACCGCCAUUCGGAAACGUGACGGUACUGGUGGAAGUUGCCUCGUAACGCCUGUUUUACCUAUUUCCGAUAUUCCCCUGGCAAUGGUGCUUACCUUCGCAACUGUUCUUCACCAGACUUUUAAGCCUUUCUAUUUGAGAUGUAGACUAACUUCCCGAUUUAGUUGUAACUUUUUUACAUGUUGUUUACUUAAUCUCUCUUACCGACUCAGCUCGUUCGACAAGCUGCCCGUAACGGCUUCAGUUGUCAAGGGUAUUGAAUCUCAAUUGGGUAUCAUUUCAUGGUAUAAGCAACACAAAGACAGAUAUGUGCUUACUUUAUCGACGAAAAGACUACUCUUUCUGUUUGACCAACCCAACACCAAUUGCUCCUCUCAAGAUGUUUGCUCUCUAAGCUUUUUCGAUUUUCUUUUUCCCCAUCUCAUGCUUGCCCCAACUCUUCAGGUCAAGUCUUUCGCCGCCUUAAAAAAGCUCAAGAUGCUGGCUCAUUCGUCAAAAGCCCUGACCUUUGCCACUCUAAUAUUCGGCUCCUUUGUUGCCGGUUUGGACGCCGGUCUAGUGUACAACUCUUGGCCGAAAAUGGCUGAUCGAUGGAUUCCUACUGACUUGAUCGCUCCACAAUAUGGUUCUGUGAUGAGCAAUCUGUUGAAUAAUCCCACGAGUGCGCAGUUCUCUCAUCGGUUGUUGGCCUACUGCACUGUGCUCACUGUCACCGCCCUUUGGGCCACUGUGAUGCGUGCACGCAUUGCGCAAACGGGCCCACGUAUUCGUUUGGCUGCUCAUCUGGCACUUGCUUCUGCUUGGGGUCAGAGUGUACUGGGGAUCCUCACACUGCUCAACUAUGUCCCGGUUUCGUUGGGUGUAAUGCACCAAGGCGGAAGUUUAGUACUGCUGUCUGCUUUGUUGUGGUUCACUCACUGUCUGCGCGCCGUGCCCAAGUGA